AUGGACCGCCUCCGGUCCUUCUUCCAGAAGAAGGAGAACGAGCAGGAGUACGCGCCGCUGAACGAGGAGACCCAGUUCCUGGACCGGACGAGCGACCUCGGGGACGAUAGCGGCGCCGUACCGUUCUCAUGGAUUGAGUACGGCAUCUUUGCCCUGCUGGGCGUGGCCAUGCUGUGGGCUUGGAAUAUGUUCCUUGCUGCCGCGCCCUACUUCCAGGGCCGCUUCCAGGCCGACGACUGGGUGCUGCAGAAUUUCCAGUCGGCCAUCAUCUCGGUCUCGACCAUUACGAACCUCGGCGCCAUGCUCAUCCUCACCAACAUCCAGUACACGGCGUCCUACCCGUUCCGCAUCAACCUGGCGCUGUACAUCAACGUCGCCGUGUUCGCGCUCCUGACAUUCUCCACGGCGACCUUUCUCGACGCCUCGCCGGGCCAGUAUCUCGGCUUCCUGCUGGUCAUGGUCGCCUUCACCGCGUGGGCCGCCGGUCUGAUACAGAACGGGGCCUUCGCGUUUGCCGCAAGCUUCGGCCGCCCCGAGUACAUGCAGGCCAUCAUGGCCGGCCAGGGCGUCGCCGGCGUGCUGCCCCCCGUGGCCCAGAUCAUCUCGGUCCUCGUGGCACCCCCGGAGCAGCCGGCGGCGGGGAGUGUGGCGGGCGAGGACCGCGAGGCGGGCACGGCCGCCUUCAUCUACUUCCUCACGGCGGUGCUGGUCUCGGUCGCCGCCAUCCUCGGCUUCAUCCCGCUGGUGCGGCGGCACAACAACAUCGUCGAGAGCCGCAUGGUCGAGCACAUGGCGGCGUCGUUCAACAGCGUCGAGGAGGCCGAGCGCGCUGCCCGUAAGGUGGUCAGCAUGGCGGGCCUCUUCCGCAAGCUGCACUGGUUCUCGGCCGCCGUCUUCAUGUGCUUCGCCGUCGCCAUGUUCUUCCCCGUGCUGACGCCCAAGGUCGUGUCGGUGGCGCCGCCCGACGUGGCCGGCCCCCUGCAGCGGCCCGCCGCCUUCAUCCCGCUGGCCUUCUUCUUCUGGAACCUCGGCGACCUGGGCGGCCGCUCCAGCGCGCUGGUGCUGCCGUUCCGCAGCCGGCCGGCGCUGCUCUUCGCCUUCAGCGUCGCCCGCGUGCUGUUCCUGCCCCUGUACGCCCUGUGCAACAUCCACGGGCGCGGCGCCGCCGUCCCCAGCGACCUCUUCUACCUCGUCCUGGUCCAGUUCCCCUUCGGCCUCACCAACGGCUGGCUCGCCAGCAACUGCAUGAUGGCCUCGGGCGAGUGGGUCGACGACGGCGAGCGCGAGGCCGCCGGCGGCUUCAUGGGCCUGUGCCUCGUCGCCGGCCUCACGUUUGGCAGCCUGCUGAGCUUCACGGCCGCGGGCAUCUGA